UGGAAAAUUGAGUAUCGAAGAUGGUUUCUUCUACUUGAAGUGUACUCGAAUAUUAUUCCGACCUCUGUUUCUGAAUAAAAUAUAAUAAGUAAGAAAGAAAUAUACACGACAUAAAAUGUGCUUAAAGAAAAUUGGAACGGUGGAUUAGUGUUGAAUUUGUUUAAGUCAGCCACAAAAGACAUAACUCACAACCUAUGUGUUGAUGUUAACAGAUAAAAAAAAAGCCUAACAAUGCUUUCAAGCUUUUUAUUAUUACGGUAAUAUUUUGAACGUCAAAAGAAAAAAAAUUAAACCGAACCAUAGUAAUCAUCUCCAGGCAUGAUAAAAUAGAAGAUCAGAAUAAAGGAGAUGAGCCAUAAUAUCGCAGGCAUGCCACCUUUUGCUAGGAUGCCACUCAGUGGUAUGGGAGUUGGAAUGGGACCUAACGGUCCACAUUCUGAACCUAAUGCUCAUCCUCAUCCUCCACCACCACCACCAGCUGGUGCUAAUCCUAAAAAAAAAAGAAGAACGAAUGCUAACGUAGCACCUGCAGCUUCUCAACCUCCCCCAUCUCUACAGGACUUAUUGCCACCACCUUUGUCGGGUUACGGCGAUACAAUAGUAGCAAGUAAUCCUUUUGAUGAUGCUCCACCUCAAAGUACACCAAAUACGAUGAUACAUGGUGGACCACCACAUAUACACGGUGGACAUCCACAUCAUCCUCAUCAUAUGACGGGUCCUUCUAUGAGGGGUAUGAGUCCACUUACAUCGAUGAGUAGUAUAAAUCCAAUGAUUCCUCACAAUAUGGGCAAUAUGAGCCCGAUGGGUAAUUCACCUAUGAAUAAUCAUAUAAAUCACAUGGGAGGCAUGUCACCGAUGAAUCAUGCACCAAUGGGAGGUAUGAGUCCUAUGAAUAAUAUGGGAUCCAAUAUACCUACGGGACCGAUAAAUUCUAUGAAUAAUCAUAUGAAUUUAAAUCACAUGAAUAAUGCUCAAAUGAGUGGACCACCUAUGGGAAGUCCAAUGAGUAAUAUAAAUAAUGGUCCAAUGGGAAGCCCAAUGAAUAAUAUGGGCCACAAUAUGGGAAGUCCUAUGGGUGGACCACUAGGAUCGCCAAUGAAUAGUAUUGGAGGUAAUAAUCACAACCACAUCCCUAAUGGACCAAUAAAUAUAAAUAAUAUGACCAAUCAUAUGCCACCUAAUAGUCCACUUAAUGGACCGUCAAUAAGUAAUGUAAACAGCCCAUUAAAUCACAAUGGCUCGCAAUCACAUUCAAAUCAUAUGGGAAGUAAUCUCAGUAAUUUAGGAAGAUCUAUGAACGGACCUAUGACUACUAUGAGCUCGAUGAUGCCUAACAAUAUAAAUUUGCCUGGGCCAAAUACAAUAAACAACAUGAACAUAACUGGUCCUCAAAUAAAUAAUAUGUCAAAUAUGAACGUUUCUCACUCAAAUCAAAUGGGACAUAUAUCGAGUCCUAUGGCUACUAUGUCGAAUAAUAUGGCUGGUGGCCCGCCUAUGGGUCAUCCUAUGAAUAUUCCACCUCAUGGAUAUCAAGGACCUGGUAUGGGGUCUAAACCUAUGCCAGUUUCAGCAGGAAAGAUUUAUCCUCCAGACCAACCGAUGGUAUUUAAUUCACAAAAUCCAAAUGCUCCACCAAUUUAUCCUUGUGGUAUUUGCCAUAAAGAAGUCCAUGAUAAUGAUCAAGGCAUAUUAUGUGAAUCAGGAUGUAAUUUUUGGUUUCAUCGAGGAUGUUCAGGACUAUCAGAAGCAGCCUUCCAGUUAUUGACUCAAGAAGUUUAUGCGGAAUGGGUGUGUGAUAAAUGUUUACAAUCUAAAAAUAUACCGUUAGUGAAAUUUAAACCAUAACAUUUUUCAGUUCAUCAUUAAAAUUAUUCAGAACUAACAUUUUGUUAUAGUUUAUGUAAUUUUAAGUGAUAAUCUUGAGUAUCUACAUACUUAAUUGUUUUUAAAUUUGUAUACAUAAUCAAAAUUCAGGAUAUUAUUCAAACUUUAGUUUAAAUGUAACUAACUUCGAUUAAAUUCGUUAUUUAAAUUGACAAAAUUUUAUAAUUAUAUAACAUAGUUUAGAAAGAUAGAUAAAAAUUUUUUUCAAGCACGAAAAAAAACUGUUUUUAAUUAUGGAUUAUUGUAAUAACAAUCUUUAAUACUUGUAGAUCUGAUAAAUUUAUAACCUUGUAAUUAUAUUUUAUUUUAUAUUUAAAAUUAAAAGUCAAUUAACACGGAAUUUUACAAAAAAACAGAUCAAAAUCUUGGAUAAAUUGUCAAAGUAAAACUUAAACUUGACUGCAUUUAGAUUAUAUUUUACAACAGUACAUUGUAUAAAAUUAUCAUUUCUUAAAAAUAGGCAGAUUGUACAAAUUAGAAACGAAAAAAAUAUUUCUCAGUUGUUAAUUAAUAUUGUUUCAUAAAUUUUUGUAUUUUAUUUACGGAAUUGCAUUCAGGUAUGUAAUUAAGAAAUCAUUGGUCUCGUUUAUUUACAUACAUCGUUUGCUAUUAUUUAUUUAUAUAAUUAUGUAUGUAAUAGUAAUCAAAAAAAAGUAGCAUGUAUAUAAAGUACGAUUAACGCUUCACGUUACGGGGCGUGCCAUUUACUUUUGCCAGCUUAUUUAAUUUUUGAA